GGACAUGCAACGGGCCGGGGGGGACGAGCCUUCUCCUCUCUCUGGCAUGGAGUUAUGGCGUUGAUACUGUUACAUGUCGGCUUACUGAGGACUCUCUAGCUGGAUCGACGACACUGCGCAAUAGUGACAGUGUGUUAGCCAAUUUGUUGGACCACGCCUGCCCCCAUUGUCCCGGUGGUGUAUAAGAUUUUGGCCUAAAUUCAGCAGCUUACAGAGCAACACAUCCUUUCUUCAUGCAGGCAAUCUGUAGAAUGGAACCAUUUUCACUGCUAAUCAAUACAUCCAUAAUGUAUGUCAAUCUGGGUUUAUGUUUUGAGUCCUGAGGCAUCACCUGUGGUGCAGGAGGCAUCAGUUCAGCCCCUCCCACUUGCUCCUUGAACCAGUAUAGUAUCUUGUAGUAAACAAACUCAACACUUCCUCUGUAUAUAGCAGCACAGAGAACUGAGGAUCUUUGCUACACGUGCAUAUAUCAAACAUUCUCAGAACAGCGACCAUGGCUUCUCACAUGCCCGGGCAGCAUGAAAUCAUAUUCACGAUUGCCGAGAACCCAACUAUAUAACCAUGGGAAGACAUUACUGUGGCAGAAAUGAUAGUCGGAAACGACUUUCAGUUUUGCCACCAUUUUCCCAGAGAGGGGCGAGGCUGGAGUAUGGUGACACUGUGAUGCCAAUUCUCAGUUACCUGCUCCAGUUACUGAUAUUCACACAUGCCUCGAGACCACCACCGCAGACAGCUGGUCUGCUCUCUAGCUCCUACAUAAGAAAUCUCUGGUUGCCUCAUUCCAGCAGAAUCGGAGCUUUCUUCAGUUGGGAGAGCUUGCUAGGUAGCUGGCUCUGUUGAGUGCCUGUGAACAGAAAAAGUCAGAAAGCAAGAAAUCUGGUGGUUUCAGUAGAGAGGAGGUAGAUUACUGCCAGACUUAUUGACCUUUUGACUCUUCUGAAGAUUGUGAGUGGAUUGAAAUUUCAGAGCUCUCUCGCGACUAUUAUAUAGAAAAAAGAAAAUGAAGAAUAGGUCAUGUCUACUGGAGGCAGUUUGUGUAGCAAUCAGUGUGUCUAUCUUCACAAGCAGAGUUGUACCUGCUUGUGGAAACAGCACCAGUGAAGGAGGAAAAGGAGAAGGGGAGAGUGGAAGGAGAGAGGGAGACAUUGAAUCACGGAGAGAGGUGUUCAAGUGCGAUGGGAACAUAUCUAGUUGGCCGGAGUCAAGCUCUGCUCCUCUGAAAGUCCCAAAAGAAUGCUACAAGAGAAAGUGGCGGCAAUGAAUGUGAGAUAGCCUGGCAGGCGACUGGUAUCGUGGGUAACCGUAAAGCAUGACGUCAUCGUUUGGGGGCAAGACGAUACUACAAAAACGAGAGAAUUCCAGAAAAUGUGAAGCUACUUCAGGAGCCAGCGUCACUACACUCUGAGACAUGCGGCAUUCUCCGCAUUUGUGUAUUUCAGGCGAAAAAAUUAAUGAAUAAAGAGUAGUGAGC